GUGCAGAUGUCCAUGUUUAUUUGUUUGGCUCUGUCACAAAAGCGGCUAGACUAUUUUUUUUUUUUUUCUACUUUUUGGAAGUGCGACAGUAACGCAGAAUAGGUUAACCAAACCUCAGUGACCUAAAAGUGUGAGUUCUUGCGGUCUGCAAAGAAAGAAACUUUCACAAUAGCGAGUAUUUGUGGUUGCAAAUAGCUUGAUGUGCACGACAAAUAACCCUCGCUAAAUCAGAUAUGGAGCAGCCACAAACAGCUGAAGAAGACACUGAAGUCUCGAGUGAAAAGUGUUAUAUUUGCCUAGGUCCAUUUGAAGAACAAGCCGUGGGAUCUCUUGAAAAUUGUCAGCACGAAUUUUGUCUUGAAUGUAUCGUUCAGUGGUCCAAGACUGCCAACACUUGCCCUGUGGACCGAACCACGUUUACCAUCAUCCACCAGAGAAGACAGGCCAGAGGAACCAUUCAAAAGAAGAUUAAAGUCACUCCACCUAAAUGCAUUGAGGAGCUGGAGGAGGAGCGUUUAGCCGUGAUCUGUGAAAACUGUGGCCGCAGCGACCGAAGGACCAGGAUGCUGCUUUGCUCCCACUGUGACUCUGGGUUUCAUAUGAACUGCCUAAGACCUGCAGUGAGUGAACGACCACAGGGCUCCUGGGUCUGUCCUGAAUGUGAAGUCACUCUGAACCAGCCUGAUGGUUUUGCUGCAGAGGAGGGCAUCAGUGAUGGAGAGCUGGAGGACAUUUUGUCUGAGGCCGAUGAGACAAGCAGCAGACUCCGCCCCUCCACUUUAAACAACAGCGGCUCAGGAUCAACACGACACAGUGAGAGGGUCCAGACCAGGUCUAACAGAGACCCCACUGCUCCUCUGUCUAUAACGCGGGUGCCUAAAUAUUUGUUACAGGUGUCAAGUUCCAAUACAACAACAGAUACUAUUCCUACUGCCAGUACAAGUGCCACAGAUGAGCCAAGAAAGAGAAGGAGGACAUGACGCCACACAGUCCUUGCGUUUAUUGACCACUAGAUGGAGUUAUUUCUCUACAAAAAUGUAUUGCGCGUCUUUAUUUGAAUGACUUUUGCUGCUAAUAUUUUAGUUUUUUGCACCUGGUUUAGCAGAAUUGUAAUGAAAAGAUUGUUUACAUUUUGUAUUUAAAAUAUUUUACUUUUUAUCAUUUCAUGUUAUACGAAUUUUUAUUUAUUUCCAUAAAAACGAGCCAGAGUUACAUUCAGUAAUGGCAGUGAUACAGUGGUUUUAAUUUGUGCUCGAUAAUUUGAUGUGAUCUGGUUUGUAUUAUUUUUGCCUUUGUUCUAUUUUACUCUGAGGUUGUAACUUGUGGUUGUAGAUUUUAACAAAAAAUCUCCACAACCAAUCCUACUGCUGUUUCUUCUGUUUUAUGUCACCAUAAGUGUUGGUUCAACAUUUUCUUACUCAUAAUGAUAAUGUAAAUUAAUAUAAAAAUCCAUGGGUUUCCGAAUGAUGGAAAAAUUAAUACUGUUGUCAUAGCAAUUAAACAAAAUAUAUCUUUUGCGAGGUAGAAAAUCCUCAAAAUGUAGCCUACCUUCUGUAUUAAUGGCAAAUUAUUACCUAAUGAUAACUAUUACACAAUUUAAGUCCUAAUUAGACAGCACUUGUGAAUAGAAUUCAUUAAAGUUGCACUUUAACUCUUCUUGAUGAGGAGUCCGCCACCUGCUUUUCUCCUUGACAAUGUUAUAGCUUUGCCUGAAUAAUGUCAUUAAACUAAUUUAAUGUGAUGAG